GUCAUUAAAAAUUCAUUAACUAAGCGCAAAGCGAUAAGCUAACCAAAUUUUUGAAAAAUCUCUCUCUCAUUGGUUUAUCAGAACUCAUGUGUAUCAGUGUGGGAAAAUGAGAAUCAGUGCAUUUAAAUCCAUUACUCGAUUUCGCAGGACAUUUACAUGGUUAAGUUUAUCGCUGUUGGUGACUUAUGGUGAGUGCGGUUCUUUCUGCAAAUUUUCGAAUGUAAUGUGUCAGUCCUAUGACAAAUCGAAGUUAGUUUUCAAGGCUUGUCAUCUGAAAGCGGUACGUGGUGAGGACAGUUAUAUGAAAGUGCAUGCACAUAUAAAGGAGGUGGGAAGGGAAGCUAAUGUCUCUGUACGCCUGCUGAAACGUGCUAAUGGCUGGAAACCGUUUCUGUAUAAAGUCACCUUCGACGCUUGUAAAUUUAUGAAAAAUCCUAAAGCAAAUCCAAUUGCCGAAUUUUUCUACAACAUAAUGAAAGAGUAUAGCAAUGUGAAUCAUACAUGCCCAUACGAACACGACCUUAUUUUGGAUAAAUUUCGUCUCAGCGGCGAUUUGGUAAAACUGCCGUUCCCCAUUGGUGAAUAUGCUGUGGACACAAUGUGGCAUGUUAAUGGCCAGUUAUGGGCUCGUGUUAAUGGUUCCUGCAAAGGAGCGGUGGAUAUGUAAUAGCGUGAGAAAGACUUAGGUACAAAAAUUCUCAUAAUCUGCAUAUUAAACAUUUUAGCGACAAGCGCUUAAAGGAGAAACGCGUUGUGCUCUCGAUCAACAUCAAAUAAAAAUUAAAAUACUAAUUUUAA